AUGAGUCGCCGCGCGCCUACCGUGGUCGUUUGCGUCUGGGCGGCCGCUCUCAUCGUUGCCCUGCGCGCCGAUCAGGACUUCGAGAUCGAGCAGGUGCAAGUGAUAUUCAGACACGGAGAUCGAGCUGCCGGCCAGAUCGAGGUCUACAAGACCGACCCUUACGACGACAUCUAUCGAAGGUCCGGUUAUGGUCAGCUGACCGAGCAAGGAAUGCGACGGGAGUACCAACUUGGCCUGCUGCUGCGCCGCCGCUACGACGAGCUUCUCGGGCCCGUGACCCGCUACGACUCGUACUUCGCUCGCAGCACCGACUACGAGCGCACCAAGAUGUCGCUCCAGCUCGUACUGGCCGGCCUCAACUCUCGGCGCCGCUACGACGAGCUCUACUGGACCCCGGUCCCGGUCAAGUACGUCGAGCGCCAGCUGGAUUUCAUGCGCAUCGUCACCCAGUGCCCGAGAUUCCGCAAGCUCUUCGACGAGCUCGAGGCCACGCCCGACCUGAGGGCCAAGUUCCGUCGCUACGAGUCGUUCUACGCCUAUUUGCGCAACGUCACCGGUCUGACGACCCGACGCCUCUUCACGCCCUACGUCCUCUACACGAACGUCCACUCGGCGCUGCAGAUGGGCCUGGGCCUGCCCGACUGGUGCGCCGCCGAGCACAUGGAGCAGCUUCGAGAGAUCGCGGCGAUGCUGUUCGACGCUCUCGUCGCCACGGAGGAGAUGAGACGCAUCGCCGUGGGUCCGACCAUCGACGAGAUUCUCAACAACGUGUACGAGCAGGAGAGGGGAGUGAACGAGGCCCGAAAGAUGUAUCUGUACAGCGGGCACGACAUCAAUCUGGCGACCUUCCUCAGGGCGCACGAGUUCGAUCGGGUGCCCGACGACUGCAGCUACGGCAGCGCCGUCAUAAUCGAGAAGCUGCGCGGCAACGACGACGAGCGCGUCUACCUGAGGAUGAUGUACUACGACGGCAUGACCGAGGAGCUGCGACCCCUGAAAAUGCCGGACUGCGGCUACGAGUGUCCUCUGGAGGACUACAGGCGUCUGGUCGAGCCGCUGCUGCCCACGGCCGAGGUGAGGUACUGCUACUCGCUCGACAUCUUUUGCGACCUGGUGAGGUAUCCGCCGCCCGGCGAGCCGAAGCCCUCCACCGAGUGGCUGGUGAUGCGCGAGGACAUAUUCUCGCUCAAGUAUCCGCUCAGUUGA